AUGUCGACAUGGGUAUACCCUCCCAUACCUCCAGAUGAGUUGCGCAAGGCCGAGGAAGAGUCUCUGAAGCUCGAGCUUCAGUGGCUAUUGAAAUCACUCCAACACUCGUUGGGCCCUUUGAAAGAGGGUCUGGAAGAAUGUGCAGCCUUACUGGCGGCUAAAGAACCCGGCUCGACCUUGGUGCUGUCGUCUUUACGAUCCGAGAGUGUUAAAGGCUUUGUUACAAGAGUCGGCACCAAGCUGGUCAAGGGGGAUGUUCACCUGCGUCUUCUCACCCUUCCGCCAAAUACUCCUAGAGGCACCACAACAUCUACGCCGUCCACGCGAUUGAUAUUUCAUUCUUCAUCCUCGUCAUCAUCCGAUAUCCUCCUCCCUCAGUUGCAAUCCGUCAAGUCACUCAUCAAUGAUUCUCUUGAUAUCAUCGACGUCUCCAGAUGGACCGGUCAAUCCACCGAUUCAUCCUUCAUGGAAGGCCAAAUGAAACUUCUUCAUGACCAUCUUCGCGAUGCAAAGGCAUAUUUGAGAGGGCCUGUAACGGGAGCGGAGUUUGGUUCAAUCCCUGGUGCGGAAUGGUGGACAAACAGCGCCGAUGAGAGCGUCUUCCAACCGCCCCUCGGUGAUCGUCUCAGCUUACAUUUUACAAUCCAGGACGCCAACCUCGUCCUCACCAUCAGGACAUUGACUCCAACAUCUCCCGGUGGUACACCAAGCUCUGUUCCCGACAACUCAUUCUCUCUGUCUGGUUUCAACUUGAGAGGCAAACUACUAGGCCUCGGACCAAAGCCGCCCAAUCAUGAUGAGAUGGGCGAGAUCUUUGAAUGGCGUGGUAAACAGGACGUCAUUGUCCGUGAAAAGGUACGGGUCGAAAGUGGUGACCCAAGCUUGAUGAGUAUUGCAGCCAAGCUCAGUGCCCUAGAACAUGAGGUGGCCCGAUGGCGUAUGAAUCUCAGAAUCAUCUUGACGGGAAGCGUCGAAGAGGAUUGA